AAAAAAAAAGUCGGCGGCGCGGCUGAUCAAAAUGAUGGUCAAUGGCGCACGUUAGCAACAAGCCCAACGUUCCCCCCGCCAUAUCUGCGGACCAAAACACAGACACGUCUUCACUUUGCACUCUUCUCUCCAUUUAUUGAUUCGAUUUGAUUCCCGGAUUUACCAAACCCUGUCGAAUGCUCCGACUCUUCUUUUGUUCUCUCUUUCCGAUUACAUAACAAAAUAAUUUUCUCAGCUCACAAAUUUAUAGAAAAAUGCGAAUUCUGCGGUCUCGGAGCUUCGCAAUGAACAGAAACUUUCUUAGUCCGAAUUCAAUGGCUGUGGGGCUGAGAGGCAUCGUUACCAGCUGCAGAGCCGUGGUGUUGCCGCGCUUUGGUGGCCCGGAGGUGCUUGAGCUCCGGCCCAACGUCGAAGUCCCCGAUCUCAAGCCCAGCGAAGUCCUCGUCCGCACUCGUGCCGUCUCCAUUAAUCCCCUCGAUACCAGAAUGCGAUCUGGUUAUGGUCGUUCCAUAUUUGAACCACAUCUACCUCUCAUUUUGGGGCGUGAUAUUAGUGGUGAAGUGGCAGCGCUUGGAGCUUCAGUUCGGUCACUGAGUGUUGGGCAAGAAGUUUUCGGGGCAUUGCAUCCUACUGCCAUUAGGGGUACUUAUGCUGACUAUGCUAUUCUUUCUGAAGAUGAGCUUGCUCCCAAACCCGUUGGAGUUACACAUGUGGAGGCAAGCGCCAUUCCUUUUGCUGCACUGACAGCAUGGCGUGGUUUAAAAGGUACUGCUAGGAUAAGCGAGGGGCAAAGACUAUUAGUUGUGGGUGGUGGAGGGGCAGUAGGGUUUGCUGCAAUUCAGCUUUCAGUGGCUGCAGGAUGCCAUGUUACAACUACAUGUGGAAGUCAAAGUAUUAGUCGAUUAUUGGCGGCCGGUGCUGAGCAGGCAGUUGACUACACUGCAGAGGACCUUGAGUUGGCAAUAAAAGGGCAGUUUGAUGCUGUUUUGGACACUAUUGGUGUACCAGAAACAGAAAGAAUAAGCAUCAACUUCUUGAAGAGAGGUGGACACUAUAUGACACUUCAGGGUGAGGCUGCAGGUUUGGCUGAUAGGUAUGGGCUAGCUGUUGGGCUUCCUUUAGCUACGGCUGUCUUACUGAAGAAACAAAUUCAAUACCGUUAUUCUCAUGGAAUAGAAUAUUGGUGGACUUACAUGAGGGCUGACUCAGAAGGUUUAGAUGAGAUACGCAGGCUCUCUGAAGCUGGGAAGCUGAAAAUGCCCGUGGAAAAAACGUUUCCCAUCACACAGGUGAGAGAGGCUCACAAGGCCAAAGACAAGAGGCACAUUCCCGGUAAAAUAGUGCUCGAACUUGACUGAAGAAUAUGCCAUGACUUCUACUUUUUGUUUUGCAUGACUGGGAUUUUAAGACCCAAGUGCCAUCACAUUGAAGUGCCAUUUUGGUCGGUGGAUACUGCAUUAUAGGUCGUUCCAGUACAAUAAGUAUUAGGAUUUUGUACAGGAGCUGAAAGAUUUCGUGGUAGACAUUAAAUAUCUAGUUGGCAAUGUGUAAAUGUUUGAGAACGAUUUAUUAUGCUAAAUAUUUGUUAUUAUUUCA